AUGUUCUACGCUGUCCCCUUCUCCCUACCCUCUCCAAUCAUUGAAGAAGAGCCCAAAGACCUGUGGGAUGGGAAGUGUACGGACUUGUCCCAACGAUGUUCCAGUCUACCCAACUCGGACUGCGAAUCCCUCACCAGUAGUGGCUCCUUCUCCGAUUCUUCAUCCGAUUUAAAUGAAUUUGACAACAUUUCUAUACCUGAUUCAGACCUUCUCAGUGACCCUGAAGGUGAGCAACUCUGUCCAAGUCUCCUCAAGAUGAUCAAACGUAGCCUGAACAAAGUCAGCAUUAACUCAUUGAGAUGCUCCGAGCUGAUCCUUCCGGAUGACGUUCUCUGCCACUUGGGCCAAGAAUUGAUCCACUUGGCAUAUAGCGAGCCUUGUGGACUUAGGGGUGCACUUAUCGACCUGUGCGUGGAAAGUGGCAAGGCCUGCCACACCGUGGCCCAGCUAGAGGUUGACACAUGUGUAAUUCCUACUUUCCAACUAACCGUUCUGUUCAAGCUGGACUCUAGGUUGUGGCCAAGAAUUCAGGGACUCUUUAGCACUAAAUCAGUCCCUGGGUUUAGACAGUCUCUGAAACUUGGCACCGGAUUUAAAGUCCUAAAGAAGAAACUGUAUAGUUCUGAAGAAUUUAUUGUUGAAGAAUGCUGA